AUGCCUCGCAUAGAACAGGUUCAUCAAGAAAGCCGUCGAAGAAGUGAUCGCAUUCGUGAAAUAGCACAAAGGAAACUAGCCAGCACAGAGAAGCAAGAACCUUCUUCACCAUCAAACAAACGUACAAAAUCACAAACCAAACCAUCAGCCAACAUGCAGAAAAAGCGAAAAGCGCCGGCAUCACAACAUGUGGAAAAACAGCCCAAGAAGCCUUGUCGGCAGCAGAAUCCUGCUGUACCGGAUGCCGGAAACAUCGAUCAGGAGUGGAUUCAGGCAUUCCUACAGACAGUCAAGGGCUCUUCCAUACACUACUGGAUACAGAAUGAUCGAUGGCCGAAGACGCUCUUCAACAAUGUCCUUGGGUUUGUUCUUGUUCACCACGAGAAAGCUCGGAGCCUCCUGAAGAAGAAUAUGAGGACGACAAUGAAGAAGAGGAUGAGGAUAGCUAUAAAAACCGUACUGAAGCCUAUAUCGAUAACAUAUUCGUGA